AUGGGUGCUAAAACGAUCGUUUAAUAUUUAUUUUAGGAGAAAAAUAUUCCAAAGUUUGACAAAAGCAAACUUCAACAAAUACAGUUUUGAACUAACCAAAAUCCUCUAGACUAAAGUUGAUUUAUUUUUCAGAUUAAAAAUGGCUGAAAUGAUGCCAUUAAAUACAGAAAAAGCCAGACUGGACACUGAGGAAAACAAACCAGUCGAUGAAAAAGAACAAAUCAUUCAGGCCAUUGGAGGGUGGGGACCGUGGCAGCUGAGAAGAUGUAUUUUAAUAAUAAUAAUAAUCUGGCUUCCUGCUUCCUUUCAUCUACUCAACAUGGUAUACUACACGGCUCCAACUGACUACUGGUGUAAAAGACCAGUGGGUGGGAACUUUACAAUCGAGCAGUGGAAGCUUUUAACCCAUAAACAACUAGGUUUCGAGAACAAACACAUUUUGUUUGAUCCAUGCUGGGUCAAACAGCCUUUACAGGUAAUAUAA